AUGUGUGCUGCUGUCUUAAAGAAAUCCGGAGUUAUCUACGGUGACGACGUCCGUCAAUUGUUCUUGUACGCCCAAGAAAAGGGCUUCGCUAUCCCUGCCAUCAACGUCACUUCCUCCUCCACCGUCGUUGCUGCCUUGGAAGCCGCCAGAGACAACAAGAGUCCUAUCAUCUUGCAAACCUCCCAAGGUGGUGCCGCCUACUUCGCCGGUAAGGGUGUCGACAACAAGAACCAAGAAGCUUCCAUUGCUGGUUCCAUCGCUGCCGCCCACUACAUCAGAGCCGUUGCCCCAGCUUACGGUAUCCCAGUUAUCUUGCACACCGACCACUGUGCCAAGAAGUUGUUGCCAUGGUUCGAUGGUAUGUUGAAGGCCGACAAGGAAUUCUUCGAAAAGACCGGUGAACCUUUGUUCUCCUCCCACAUGUUGGACUUGUCGGAAGAAUCCGACGAAGAAAACAUCGCCACCUGUGUCAAGUACUUCAAGGAAAUGCACGCCAUUGGCCAAUUCUUGGAAAUGGAAAUCGGUAUCACCGGUGGUGAAGAAGACGGUGUCAACAACGAACACGUCCAAAAGGAAUCCUUAUACACCUUGCCAGAAACCGUCUACAAGGUCUACGAAGCUUUGUCCCCAAUUGGCCCAGGCUUCUCUAUCGCCGCUGCUUUCGGUAACGUCCACGGUGUCUACAAGCCAGGUAACGUGCAAUUGAAGCCAGAAAUCUUGGGUGACCACCAAAAGUACGCCAAGGAACAAUCCGGUUCCUCCUCUGACCACCCAUUGUUCUUGGUCUUCCACGGUGGUUCCGGUUCUUCCCAAGAAGAAUUCGACAUCGCCAUCAAGAACGGUGUUGUCAAGGUCAACUUGGACACUGACUGUCAAUACGCCUACUUGAAGGGUAUCAGAGACUACGUCUUGAACAAGAAGGACUACUUGCUCUCCCAAGUCGGUAACCCAGAAGGUGAAGACAAGCCAAACAAGAAGUACUUUGACCCAAGAGUCUGGGUUAGAGAAGGUGAAAAGACCAUGUCUGCCAGAAUCUCCGAAGCCUUGGAAAUUUUCCACACCAAGGGUCAAUUGUAA